GCUGCUACCCAUUACGGUAACCCUCUUCUCUUAGCGAUUCCGGUGGGAUUUUGGUGUCUGGGAGAGGUCUGGGGACUCCAUUCAUCCAGGUGUCUGACACUUGAACCCGACAUAGAGAGGCGUGAUUGGGUUACGCGGGACCUGUUAGGAGUUUUACAUCAGGAAUGUUUGCAGGUGUUCAGCCUGAAAAGAAAUGAUUCCUUGCUAAGAAUACAGAUUUGAAAUCAUAAUGAUGGUCUCUGCUGGAAAGAUGCUAGCCCUGAAUGAGAUGAUGACUCUAAGUCCCCAAAUCCUGGCUGUAUAUGAACAAGACAGAUUACUGAGAGCAGAUGCCCCAGAGGAAAGGCUAACCAUCCCAGGAAAAGAGAAAUUUAAUUCUGAGGCUUCUCGCAAGAGCUUCAGAUGUUUUCCAUACCCAGAAAAAGCUGGACCUCGUGAGGCUGUGAACCAGCUUUGGGAACUCUGCCUUCAAUGGCUGAGGCCAGAGAUUCACACAAAGGAACAGAUCCUGGAGCUGCUGGUGCUGGAGCAAUUCCUGACUAUCCUGCCCAGUGAGGUCAGGAUUUGGGUGAAGUCACAGCAUCCAGAGAACAUUGAGGAGGUGGUCACCCUGGUGGAGGAUUUGACCCAAAUGCUUGAGGAAGAAGCUCUUUGUUCCCAGGAUUCUGUCCUUCCAGCAGAAGGAAACAGAGAAAGGGAAGGAAUGCCUACGGUGAUCCCAAUAAACAGAUGUCAGGAAUCAGUGACAUUCAGGGAUGUAGCUCCAGAUUUUACCUGGGAAGAGUGGACACAAUUGAACCCUAUUCAGCAGGCCCUCUACAGAGAAGUGCUGUUGGAGACUUACAGGAACCUAGUUUUUCUUGGUUUUUCAACCUCCAAACCAGAUGUUAUCUCCCAGUUAGAAGAUGAGGAAAUAACAAGGAUUCUGGAUAGUGAAACCCCAAAAGGCACCUGUUCAUAUUGGGAUACUGUGCCUGAAGCCAAAGAGUCAGUUACAAAAUGGGACACCUUCAUGAAAGAAUCCUCUCAGGAGGUGAAAGUGAAAAGAUCCACAAGUCAUUGCUUUUGGUACUCUGAACUGGGAGACUCCCUUCAAUGUUAUGAUGCAUUAGUAAGGCAACAGAUCCAUCAGGAGAAACUGGUAAAGCAAUUAACAAUCACACCUGAGCAAACAUCAAGUAAGGAGAAAGGCUUUGAACAAAAUGAAUUUGGGGAAAACUUCAAUCUAAGAUCAAUACUAGUUACACAGGAGAGAGUUCCAACAGUAAAGAGUUUCUAUCUGUGUGAUAUGUAUGGAAGCAGCUUCAAAAAUGAUUCAGACCUAAUUAAAUGCCCAAGAAUCUAUGCAGGAAAGAAACCGUUUAAGCAUACUGAAUGUGGGACAACCUUCAGCCAGAUUUCACAACUUAAUCUUCAUCAGAAAAUUCAUUCUGAAGAUAAACCCUAUAAGUGUAAUGAAUGUGGGAAAGCCUUUACCAAGCGAGCAAAUCUGACUCAACAUCAAAAAAUUCAUUCUGGAGAAAAACCCUAUAAAUGUAAUGAGUGUGGGAAAACCUUUAAUAAACGAGCAAACCUCACACAACAUCAGAAAAUUCAUUCUGGAGAGAAACCCUAUAAAUGUAAUGAAUGUGGGAAAGCCUUCUCCAUCAGAUCACAUCUUACUCAACAUCAGAGAAUUCAUUCUGGAGAGAAACCCUAUACGUGUAAUGAAUGUGGGAAAGCCUUUACUCAGAAGACACACCUUACUCAACAUAAGCAUACUCAUAUUGGAGAGAAGCCAUUUAAGUGUACUGAAUGUGGAAAAGCCUUCAGCCUAAUUUCACAACUUAAUCUUCAUCAGAGAAUUCAUUCUGAAGAGAAUCCCUAUAAAUGUAAUGAAUGUGGGAAAGCCUUCACAGUCAGAUCACGGCUUGCUGAACAUCAAAGAAUUCAUGCUGGUGAAAAACCUUAUAAAUGUAAUGAGUGUGGAAAAGCCUUUACCAAGCGGACAAACCUUACCCAACACCAACAUACUCAUGUUGGGGAAAAACCAUUUAAAUGUAAUGAAUGUACAAAAGCCUUUAGCUAUAUUUCACAAUUUAAUCUUCAUCAAAGAAUACACUCUGGAGAGAAGCCAUAUAAAUGCAGUGAAUGUGGGAAAGCUUUCAGCAAGCGAGCAAAUCUUAAUCAACAUCAGAAAAUUCAUUCUGGAGAGAAACCCUUUCAAUGUAGUGAAUGUGGGAAAGCCUUUACCAUCAAAUCUCGCCUUACUCAGCAUUAUAGAAUUCACUCCGGAGAGAAACCUUUUAAAUGUGAUCCAUUGGGGAAAGCCUUCACCAUCAGGUCAUGCCUUAAUGAACAUCCAAAAAUUCAUACUGAAGAGAAACUUUAUGAUUUUGGGAAAGCCUUCCCCACAGGGCCACAUCUUACUUAAUAUCAAAGAAUUCAUAUUAUAGAGUUACAUUAAAAGUGAUGAUGAUCAGAAAUGUCUCUGUGUGGCAUAUUCUGAUACACUCCUCAGCAUCAAAGCAAGUAUUUUGUCAAUGUAAUGACUGUUGUUAUAAUCAUUAGCCAGAGUUCAUUUAUUUCUUGAAAUCACAUAAUAUCACAGUCCGCAAUUUGAUUUCACUAUUCUGCUUUCAGGGGCCAAACUGAACACAUUUUUUUAAAUAAACCUAUGAGCUGAAAGGGACCUCUAGAACCAUCCUAUUUAAGCAACAACUAACAAGGAAUGCCUUUUACAACAUUCCUAACAAGUGGUCUUAUAAUGAGGGAAAAACCACCACCUCCCAGAGCAUCCCACUUCCCCUUUCCAUCUAGCUCUUGUCAUUAAAUGUUUCCUUCCAGGAAGUCUAAAUUUGACUUUUUGCAACUUCUUGUCAUUUUCCCUAGUUCUUUUCAGGCCAUGUUAAGCAAUUGACAUGAUAUUUGCUUAACAAGUGCUUUCUCCCUAUUCUCUGAUAUCUCAUCAACUGCCUUGGCUUCAAUCUUUAAUUUAUAUGCUAGGCCUUCAAAUAUUUUAAGACCGCUCUUGUGUCUAUUUUGUAUUUUUUCCUUCAGGUUAAACCUGCCCAUUUACUUCAAUUCUGAUUUGUCAUGCUAUCCUGUCCUCCCACUGUUCUGAUCAUGUUCUUCUGGAGAUCCUAAACUUGCUUAUGUCUUUUCUAAAAUUUUGUAUUUGAGAUAUGACCCAGAUGGGACUAUUUUGCUUUUUCACCCGAGACAGUGUUUCACUCUUACUGAAGCUUUUUAUUGCUGUGGCAUACUGUUGCUAUUUUCAGUCCAUACAUCUCUCCAAAUAUUAUUCACAGGAACUUAUCUGUGUGUAUAUACAAUACACACACACACACACACACACCGGAGGUAUGUAUGAUGUUGACUUUUCAAACUCAACUGUAGAACUACAUUAUUUUUAUUGCUUCAUCUUAUUUAAUUUACCCUGUUGGUGAAGAACCUCUUUUCUUCGUUUUAUCUGGCCAAAAUUAGCAGAAGUGGAAGAGAAUUGAUUCAUAUUCCAUUACAUCUCAGUCUCAGAGUCUGCAAUGAGUACACAGUAUCUAGCAAGUCAUAUGUCAACUCUCCCUUCACUUUAGAUGGCUUAGAUGUAGCCUUUUCAAGUUAAAUAAUUUAUCAGUGCUAUAGCUGACUUCGAUGCCAGUUUUUGUCCUCAUCAAAGGACUAUUUUAUGAAGAACUCACACAAGGCAAGCACAUAGAAGUCAGAAGGAAUCAUACAAAGACAUUUUCAAGGUUUCUGAAGAACUUUGGUUUCGAUGGGCAGACAUGAGAAACACUGGUACAACACCUUCCAGGAUGGCAUGCCUGCAUCAAAGAAGACGCCAUGCUCUAUGAGCAAAACAGAAUUGCACUAGCUCAAAAGAAACCCGAAGGGUACAGAUUUAGAGACAUCUCCAUCUCAAAUAUGCAGAUGGGCUACUUGUUCCCAACCUGUGGUAGUGUUUCCAAGCUUGUGUUAGUUUGAUUAGCCACAGUCAGACAGACUGCAUUGGCCCCAAUAUCAUGAUGUCGUUUUGGUCCUUUUCAAGGACAAAGAACUACUAACCAACUUCUUAAUGAGUCUCUUCAGAGCUUCUAGCUCUUCUGUUAUUUUAGCACCACAUCACAUUCUUAAGUGACAAACCACAUAUUUAUUAUAGUAUUUCAAACCAGACCAGUAGAGAAAACCAAAAAGUGUAAAAAAAAAUAAUUGUAGAAUUUUACAACAAUCAAUGGACAAGCAUUUAUGUGCCAGGUACUAUGCGAAGUACUGAAGAUACGAAGGGGAAAAAAAGACCCUGCCUCAGUGCACUUGCAUAUAUAUAAAGAGAAUCCACUAAGUUACUUUGAUAAGCCCAGGUUGUAUUCACUACAAAAAAAAAAGUGCCCAGAUGCCUUAGAAAUUAAUCAUAAUUCCAGUUCUAGUCUAUGGUGUAGGCAGUUAAGGCUUAUACUUGGUUGAGAGAAAGAAGUCUAUUGAAGAGCUGACGGCAGAAGCUAUGUUGCUCUCAAAGUGUGUACAAAUGUUAAGAUUUCCAUUAUAGAAUUAGGCUAUGCCCAGCUAUGGCAUAAAAUAAAUCACUGCUCCCUGGAUUUUGUAUGCCCCCUAA